AUGCCCAUUUGUACUACUUGUACUCGCUGGCUCCCUUACCUUUACACCGUCUACCAAUCUGCCUACAAUCUUCGACUAGACCAGUGCCCCAACUGUCAUUCCUUCGCUGAUCCAUACGUCGAACACGAUGAAUUAACACUGCUUAUCGAUCUACUGCUCUUGAAACGCGCUGUAUAUCGACAUCUACUGUAUAAUCGUGGCUCAGGACCAAGGAGAGAGGAUGGGACAAUAGUCAAAGACAGCGAUGAACAACAUAGGAUUACAAAUGGCAGGGAAUUAUCUCGCUGGCGUCUUGUGCUGCGGCUUGGCUCAACGUUGACUUUCGUUGAUGCUUUCAUUCGCUGGAGCCACCUUAGUGUUCGGCCUGCUUCCGAUGAGCUCGAGAAAUCACUCAUCAUUUCUCCAUGGGCCAUAGAAACGAUAUCCGGAUUUACCACAAUAUUCUUCGGUUCUUUUCCAGAAACUAUAGCAUUUCAUGCGGGCGUCGUCUUUGCGUGCUACAGCGUACUGCGGGCUUUGAAUUUUCGUUUCAGGCGUUCACAAUCUGACAUAUGCAGAGAAUUCAGAUUCUCUUUGAUUCCGUUGGCCCUAUUCUAUUCCUCAUUUACCAAACUGUUCUUUCUCUUUCUCCUCACCAUCUGGCGACCGUCCCGAUCACCGUUAGAGAACGACGGCAACAUCUCGGUUUUAAUGCCAUUCAGCUUCGACAUUCUCAGUGCACUCAACUUCAUGACAGACGACAACCUUGACAGGGAAUGGAUUGUAAGGAACGUGAUGGGUGGGAUGUCUGCUGGUUUCGGUUUACGUGUCAUUCUAGACAUCAAUCCGCUAUUCACCACUCUCAUCAUCUUAUUUGGGUGGAUGACGAAAACGUUUGUGUCUCGUUUGAUUAGUGGAUGGAUUGGAGGUAACGUGGCGACUGCUGAGGCAUGGUUAGCUUCCAGUAUCCCUUGA